AUCGAUCGAUUGAACGGUAUCAUGAGCAGCUCUACACAUCAAGCACAGGGGCAGCUGGUUCCUCCAGGUUUCCGGUUCCACCCGACUGAUGAAGAGCUGGUGGAUUACUACCUCAGGAACAAGGUAGCCUCGAGGAGGACAGAUCUAAAUGUCAUCAAAGUUGUCGAUCUCUACAAGAUAGAGCCAUGGGAUCUCCAAGACAAGUGUAGAUUAGGAGGUCCGGAUGAGGAGCAAAACGACUGGUACUUCUUCAGCCACAAGGACAAGAAAUACCCGACCGGGACUCGGACGAACCGGGCCACCGCGGCCGGGUUUUGGAAGGCCACAGGCAGGGACAAGCCGAUCUACGCCAACAAGCACCGGCAGCUGGUUGGCAUGAGGAAGACGCUGGUGUACUACAAGGGCAGGGCUCCCAAUGGCCACAAGUCUGACUGGAUCAUGCAUGAGUACCGCCUUGAGACCAAUGAGAAUGGCCCUCCACAGGAAGAAGGAUGGGUAGUAUGCAGGGUGUUCAAAAAGCGACUACCAACAACAAGAAGAGAGUCAGACCAUGAUGCACCUUGUUGGUAUGUCGAUGAAGAUGGACCCUUCAUGCAUGACCUGAACUCUCCCAUGAGCGGAAUGCUCCCACACCACGGCAUGGCACUGCAAGAACAACACCUCCAAGUGCUGAACAACACCUACAAGAGGGAACUGAAGCUACAUUUCCAAAUGCCAAGUCAUCACAUUCUGAACACCACCAUUCCUCACGAGCUGGAGAGUCCUUCCUUCCAUUCUCUUUUGGUCUCGCCAGACCACCAAACUAAUGUGCAUCAUGCUGCUCACCAACAUGUUGAGCUCAUUGAGCAUGCAGUCGACCAAGUCACUGAUUGGAGAGUUCUGGACAAGUUUGUUGCAUCUCAGCUUAGUCACGACGAUGCAACAAAGGGUGUAGAUUAUGCUAAUGAAGGAGACAUUCUUCAGGUCAAUGAGAAGCAAGAGGUGGCCGUUGAUUAUGCGUCGACGUCAACAUCCAGCAGCCAAGUUGAUCCAUGGAAGUGAUGAUGCAAUUAAUCAAACAGACUGCAUCAUAUAUAAAUAUUAUCUUAAGAGCUAUAUAGUGAUGAUUAUCAUAUCAUAUCAAUUGCAUGGACAGCUAAAUAAUUUGAUCUACAUAUAAUGCCGUGUAAAUAAGAUUAUUUGUGAUGUGUAUUAUGGUCCUGCUUACAAGCUUCAGGAUGUUGUACUAAAUAUAGUUGAUCACUGUGUGUUUCUAUAUGAAAUAAGGUCAUGGAGAACUUAGAAACUUCAUGAAUCAUGAUUUGUAAUACGUGAC